UGCAACCUCAGUGUCUCUGCGCGUACACCGGGAAGGAAGACAUACUGCAGACACUUUCUCUCUAUAACCAUACACAAACCAAAGAAGCACAAAACUGCUGGUCACUUACUGAUGAAGGUGUGCUUGCUGUAUAAUCUUCAGAAAAGCUGCAGAGAGAGGGAACAGCCAUGAGUCUGCUGUGAUAAUGGAUCGCAGCAGAGCAGAAAGGAACAGAACUCAAAGAUAUGCUAACGACGUAGAGGAACCAGAGUACGACGUGGUGGAUAACCAGGAAGAAGUGCUUAGUGUACGCAUUCUUCCUGCGAGGCCCAUAAAUGAUGACCAAGAGUAUGCAGACAGGGAUCUCCCAAGGUCAUCAUCAGCUCACAACCUUUCAUCACUCUCCCCUGGAAACUCAAACAUCCUCCCAAGAUGUCCACCCAGAGAAACGCCAUUUUCAACAGCACCUGUGAUAAAUAGAGAUCUGAAGCCUGGCCGACAAAAGAUGAAAACAGUUACAGAUAGGAGGAUCCCACCUGUGCCAAAAGGAGACCAGCACUCACAAAGGAGUUUGCAAUCACCGUCACCUUUUACCCUGGAGUUGGUCAAUGUCUUGUCUGGAAAGGCUCCACAGCAAGGUUGCAGGAGAGACAGAGAGCACGGGACCACUAGAAAUGCAGAGUUUAGUUCACAUAUGAAAGGUCCACUCAGUUCUGAAAGUCUUACACACGGCAGUUACAGGCAUUCACUGGAUUUGGAGUCUCACUUAGAAAGAAGGACCCAUCAAAGUCUAGAAAGGGUCCCAUCAAAACGCCAUCACCAUGAAUGGCCUCAGACGAAAGAAGACUUUGACCAGCACGACUUUGUCCCAAUGGAAAAGCCUCAACAGGUACAUGUGCUGCUACAGUCAUCUCCACCUGCUCCAAAGUGGAUGAGAAUCAUGUGGCUGAAGGGAAGGUGUGGUCAGUCAGCCUCCUAUAAGAAUAACUGGUUGUGCUGUGUGGAGCUCAGAGGUCACAGACCAUCAUCCAACAACCAUCCAGACUACCUGCUGAUCAGCUCCACCAGCCUCACCUUUCUGGUCCAGUAUCCAGCUCUCCAAGCUUCUUCCCAGGUCUGA